GAGGGAGCCGUCCUAGGAUAAAUCGUCCUGGGGUGUGUUUGAGAGGUAGGUUGCCACCCCCGUCCCCAGCAGCAGCCUCCCUUGUCCUGAGAGGAAGUGCCGUCAGGUCUGCUCUGAUGGAGAAGCAGGCGGGCAGGUGGGAGCAGUCGGGGAAAGAAAAGUACCUGGUCGUGCCAGCCAGGCGCCGUGAGCCCCGGGAAGGGCGGUGGGUGCCCUCUCCUCGUUUCCCGUUGGGCACACGCAGUUCCCAUGUGCCGAGCCAGAGGCCUGGGGAUGCGGAACUAGAGGGACAGAGGGUGUUAGGGGACGGAUCCCAGGAAGUUCCAGAUGGGUGAUUUGAGGACUGCCUUUGGAGAAACUAGGGUGAGCUUCUGACAUUUAUAGUAUCUGCAUUCCUGGGUUGGUCUAUUUGAAGAAACUUGGGUGGAAGGUGGGCAGUCGGGGAUAGCAGAGAAACCGAGCACCCCUCCCCCGAGUGUCCACUGAAAUCUGACCCACGUGAGGAUGGAGUUUGGGGCAACCAUAGAGAGUGUGAAGGCAUCGAGGACGUGGAAAGCUAAACGGAAGAGGGAGAUUCAGAGUUCCUGGGUGGCAUAAAUGUACCCUACCGCCCCCUUCUAGCUGGGUGGAGAGAUAAUAGUAAUGACAAUCUAGUAUUCAAAUGACAUUUGCCAGUUUGUAAUCAGCCAAGGAGACGCGCAGGUGACGUAGAAAUUAGGAACCUGGUUAAGAUUGCUGAGGUUCAGGUUCUGGCCCAGAGACCGGAGCAGGUCAGGUUGUGUCCCUCAAAAAGAUGGGUCCAGGUCGUAACCCUUGAUACCUGUGACUGUGACCUUAUUUGGCAAGAGGGACUUGGCGGAUGUAAUUAAGAUCGCAGAUUAGGAUGGGUCCCAGAUCUCGUGACUGAUGCUCUCAUAAGAAGGGGGGGUUUUGGAGAAAGAAACACAGAGGACACACAAAGAAGGCGGGCGGCCCUGUGAAGGAGGCAGCGGAAUGCCGGAGAAUGCCAGGAUCGCCGGCAGCCACCGGAAGCCAGGACAGAGGCGUGGAACGCAUUCUCCCUCGGAGCCUCUGGAAGGAACUAACCUUGCCAACACCUUGAUUUCUACCUCCUGAAUGCCCAAACUAAGAGAUUAAAUCAUGGUUGUUUUAAACCACCCCAAUGUGGUAAUUUAUUACAGCCCGGGGAAAUGAACACAGAUACCUUCUGGCCAGCUCUGCGUGACCUUGAGGAAGUCGGGGAACCCCUGUGUUCCCCCCUCUCUGAAAUGGAGACUUUACACAUAAAGUGAUUAGAGCACAGCCUGGCACAGGAGGGACACACUGCAGACUAGCAAGUGCUCUGACCAAUUUAGUGAAGUCUUUUGAGCACCUACUAAGUGCCAGGCGCUGUGCGUAAAUCGUUCCAUUUGAUUCGCACGACAGUCCUGGGAGCCUCUUCUCAUGCCAGUUUGCAGUUGAGGAGACUAUCUGUGGCUCCGAGUCGUAAGUGGCUCUGAGUAGCAGAAGGGCCUGCGGCCUCCACUGAGGCUUUGUGGCUCUGUUCUGUCCGUUCUGUUGUUCCAGGAAAUCACGGGGGUCUCAAGGUGCACAGGCGAGUGGGGAAGGAAGGGCGUGAACUUCCGAUUGGCUGUAAUGGGUGUUCGCAUUGGGAAGACCCAUGCGUGACUCAUCUCUUAACACACAACUCGAACAAGUGUUCACGGUUUUGAAAGCAAGGACAUCAGUUGUUUGUGGGGAAGGAGAGGAAGACACAGCUUUAUAGGGGAGGCCCCCCCCCCUUUCCGCUCUGCUCUCUGGCUCUGGAAGGGGACCUGUGUCUCUGAGCAGACGUCUUCGGGAAGCCUGAGGAUCCUCAGAAGUGUGGGAAGGUUGAGCUGACCCCAGAGGGCAUGAACACACCGCGUGGGUAAACGCAGCCAACAAACGCGGGAACAGAGGAGACAGAAUUGGCAACCCGUGUGAAGCUUGGCUUUUGCACGCCGACGACAGGUGACGGCUAUUUUGGAGAAGUUACCAGCGUCAGAGAGAAGUUCGCCUCGAAGCGUAUGGAGGGGUUUUGGCUGAGAGACACUGGCCUGGUUUUUUGCCUGCCUGUCAAGCACUGAACUAGAGGAAAUGAGCUUAUCGCGGUGCUGGGCAUUUAGAAAGUGCUGUGUGAUGGUUUGUGGUCGACUCGAGCAAAGCAGGGGAGAUUUUCGGGUUGGAAGAAAGAAUUUAACAGCUGUGAAAUUAACACAUCCAUUAACUGCUGAGACGGGCCGCAAGGGCGCCUUAACUCGACUUUCCAAAGAGCAAUGCGUAUGUGCCUGACUCUCACUGCAUUUUAGAACUCAGGGGAUUGCUCAUUUCUUACCCCAGGUACACCGUAGAUCAUACUAAUCACUUAGACAUUCGUAUACUUUAAUUCCUUGAAGAAACCUUAGAAAUCCGCUCCGAUGUUUGCAAAUCUCUGCCUGCGGUUGAGUAGAUGGGCUAGAUGGCUCUCGAGGUCUCUCCUGGCCCGGGAACCCCCGGCUUCCUCCAGACCGCGCUGUCGGGGCUCAGGUCUGUGAAGACGGCCCAGCAGGGCGACACUCAGAGCGUGGACGCUGUGUCCCAGCACCUGGGGCGGAUGUGACGUAAGCAGACCAGUUCCCCGAAGAACUGUGGCACCGUUUUGUGAGCUCAUCACCGUCCCUUUGCGCCAGAUGGCGGCCUGAGGAAACGUCUGAGGGAGGCAGUCCUCACGUCAAGAACGGCUAACGUGAGGGAUGAAAAAGACAGAAACUGAAGUAACUUCUGAUAAAAGAAAACCAACUGAAGGGAUAGAGUCCUGGAAAUCCAGCGAGAGGAAAAGGAUCUUCUACGUCUCUCAUGAUUCCCAAGACCUCAAGAUCUUCAGCUAUAUCGCCCGAGAUGGUGCCAGCAAUAUCUUCAGGUGUAACGUCUUUAAAUCCAAGAAGAAGAGCCAAGCCAUGCGCAUCGUGCGGACGGUCGGGCAAGCCUUCGAGGUCUGCCACAAGCUAAGCCUGCAGCACACGCACCAGAACGCAGACGGCCAGGAGGACGGUGAGGGCGAGAGGGACAGCAGCAGUUCGGGCGAGCCAGGCCGCCAGCUCACUGGAGCCGAGAGGGCCUCCACGGCCACCGCAGAGGAGACGGACAUCGAUGCAGUAGAGACCCCGCUCCAGGGGAACGAUGUCCUGGAAUUCAGCCGAGGUGUGACUGACCUUGACGCCGUAGGGAAGGAAGGAGGUUCCCAUGCAGACCCCAAGGCUUCUCCCCACCCCCAGGAGCCCGUGCUGGCAGCCUCGCCCAGGAUGCUCCUCCCCUCCUGCCCCUCGCAGCCCCCAGGCCUGGGCCCGGGGACACCGCUGUCCUCCCACCACCAGAUGCAGCUCCUCCAGCAGCUCCUCCAGCAGCAGCAGCAGCAGACGCAAGUGGCUGUGGCCCAGGUUCACUUGCUGAAGGACCAGCUGGCUGCCGAGGCCGCCGCGCGGCUGGAGGCCCAGGCCCGAGUGCACCAGCUCCUGCUGCAGAACAAGGACAUGCUCCAGCACAUCUCCCUGCUGGUCAAGCAGGUGCAGGAGCUGGAGCUGAAGCUAUCGGGACAGAGUGCGAUGGGCUCCCAGGACAGCUUGCUGGAGAUCACCUUCCGCUCCGGAGGCCUGCCGGUGCUCUGCGACCCCACCACCCCGCAGCCGGAGGACCUGCCCUCGCCGCCCCCGGGCGCGGGCCUGGCCGAGCUGGCGCACCCCGCCGGCAGCCCCCUAGUGGACCACAGCAUGUUCGAGAACUUGAAUGCGGCCCUUCCUCCAAAGCUGCAGCCCGGCUGCUCCCUCUCCCACCUGUCCAGGCUGAUGGCCCCCGGCUCUGCCGCCCCGGGGUCUGCGGAGCCUGGGGGGCCGGGGCUCCGGGUGGGUGGCAGCCAGCACUUCAAGAACCUGGGCAGAGCCGUGGGGGCCAAAGUUAACGACUUCCUGCGGAGAAAAGAGCCCUCGAGCCUGGACGGCGCGGGCGCCAUGGAGAUCAACAGGCCGGCGGGGGCGCGGCUGGACGGCGGGGCCGUGGAGGCUGACAGGUCAGCCCUGCAGGACGCGUUCCCUCGGCUGGACCCCCCGCCUCCCAUUACCAGGAAGCGAACCCCUCGUGCCCUGAAGACCACGCAGGACAUGCUGAUCUCGCCGCAGCCAGUCCUGAGCAGCCUGGAGUACGGGACAGAGCUGCCUCCUGGGCAGCCCCGGGAACCCCUUCCCGCCGCCCAGCCCGACGUUCCCUCGGAAACGGCAGAGAGGGGCGAGGCUCUGCCCAACGGAGAGGUCUCCCUGUCAGUGCCCGACCUGAUCCACCAGAACAGCCAGGACGAACCCAAACCGAAGAUAACUGAGUGCAGAAGGGCCUCCUCCCCUGGCCUCCUCGAGAGGAACGGCCUCAAGCACAGCCUGAGCCCCGUCCACCUGGCCCAGCCGCCAGAGGACAGUGGCCCCCCGCCUCGGGCACGGACCUCCAGCCUUGACAAUGAGGGCCCGCACCCAGACCUGCUGUCCUUUGAGUAGGGCCCCUUCUCCCUGCCGGGCACCGCCUUCCCCUCUGCCGUCCCCAUCCCUGGUGCCCCCUGGCCCUUGCCCCCGUUCCACGUGCCCUUGGCCCCCUUGUGCAGAGAUCAGAGCGCCCAUCCGGGGCCAGGCUCCCUGAGUCACCCUAGUUAGAGCCUCUGUCUGCCGAAUGCUAAAGGGCUGCUGGGCUGUGGCUCCCGAGCCUCAUUUUCUAGAAGCUCCCCUCCGGGGGCUGGCUGCCACACUGGGGGAUGGGAGCAUCGCUGUUCCCAGGCAGCCCGGACUUCCCACCGGCCUGCAGGGCCACCAGCCCGGGAUGAAGGGUCUUGCAGGAAUGGUCUCUGCCUGCCCCCCACAUGCCACCUGUGCCCCCCCCACUCUUCUCCCUUCAGACCCUGGUUCGUUUCUUCUGCCUCUGGUUGGGGCAUCGGGCCGAAUGGAGAACUGAUGGGUUGGGCUGACGACGGCCCAGACCUGGAGAGCCACACACCCUGCUCCUCCUGGUCCCAAGACCGUGUGUUGUCCCCUCGCCUCUACCCUUUGGGGGCCUGAGACCUGGGCGCAGCCUUGUCGCCAAGGGUUCUCAGGGCAUUUUCCACCUGCCCUGUGGGGGGACACACCAGGCCCCCCGGGGCCGACCACUGAGAAGACGCUGGGGAAAGGCCAGGGCCCCCCUUGCUGUGUGUGAGGACAGGGCGAGGCGGGCCCCCGAGGACGCAGCGGAAGCAGCUGAGCAGAUGAGCACCUUGCUUUGGGGGGAGGGCCCAGGAACUUGGCCUCCAGGGAGCCGGCCCCAGGAGAACCCAGAGCAGAAGUCACAGAGAAGACAGGGUGAGGACAGAGAAGGCUUUGAGGGAGCGCCCACAGCCUGAAAUGAUGCGGCUCCGGGGUCUGGGCGUGGUGAGUGCGAGCGCCAGAGUGACCAGGGAGACUGGGAACGAGGCACAAAGCCACCUUCCACUGGGCAGGAGGCGCUGUGUUCUGCCAAGUUGCCCGGGUCUCCCUGGAGAGGCCUCCGCCCUGCCUUUCCCUGCCCCGAUGCCGCACGGUCCUCUCGCUCCCUGCCUUGCGAUCUAUGUCAGGGACUCACCCGGUUCAUCCUGCCCUCCUGGCUUUACCCAUUUUAUGUUCCUCUGUCCCACCAGGAGUCCCUGUCAGCGGGGCGGGGCGGGUGAUCCCAGCCCCGGGGGCCUUUGCAGCCAGAAGAUUUGUUGAGCAGGGUGGCCGGCUCCCCGGGCGAAGGCAGGUGCAGCGUGGCCUGACAGACUGUCGGGCUGUCCUCCCCCUAGGGUUCCUGCUGCCUCCCCUCUUCUGUCCAUCGUUCAGCUGCCCCCUCGCCGCCCCCCACAGUGCUCACCUCCCGUCUCCCAGCUCCUCCUGCCCACCCCCCCAGGAGAAACAUCCAAGCUAACUCCUGUAGACUGGGAAGCCUGGGGGCGGCGGGUGGGGGGAUGCCAGGAAGCUGGCUGCCCUUCCUGCGUGUUUCUGCAGCGGCUGCGACCUUGCCACAGCUUUCCCACCCCGUCUUCCAUUGCUCUGGAAAGCAAGGCUUCGCUGCGUUUUCACAGCGGAGCCUCGUGUCCCCCACGAGGGUCCGCACAUGUCGGGCGCCCUACGGGCCGUGGUGCAGUGGGCAGUAACUGGAGGUCUAGGUCCUGGCUCAACGCCAAGAACACCACGACGAUGUGCUAACCUGACCCCGAGGCUCUAAAGUUCUCGGGACCACAUUUGGAGGCCUGUGAGUUUUCCCAGAAUGGCUUGGAGUUUUGCACGAGACACAGAGCAGGAGGGGGCGAGGGCAGAGAGCCGAAACACAUUUGCUGGGAGUUCACACAGCUCCACGAGAGCCUCCGUACGGGAAGCUCGGUUUGCUUCUCUGGUGGGGAACUUGGCAGGCCCUUGUGCUCUGGGGCUCCUCCUCCAGAGAUCGGGGUGGCCCCAGCCAGGUGAUGGGGGCAGCCGUGUGUGCAGAGGUUGCAGGCCCGGGCUGGCUUAAGCACCUUGCUCUGCACACCACACCCGGCCACUGCUGAGGUCCUGGCCCUCAGAUUCAGGGUUAGCACGGGAACCCUACCAGCUUGUCCCGGUGCCACGGCCAGGAUGACCCCAGAGUUCUCCGGAUUCGUGUCUGCUACCAAACGAGGCUCCGAUCUUUGGCCUCUCUGUGAUCUCUACCCUGGCCAUUGUCCUCCAGCCGAGGCGAUGCUGCCACCUGGGGGAGGGGGGUCGAGCCUGAAAUCCCGUCCUAGGUGCUGCAGACGCUACCCGGUGCUAGGGGCUAAGUGCCACCCGGGACAGCAGCAGGGGCAACUUCCAAUCCUGCUGAGGGCCUGGGCGAAGACCAGUUCUCCAUCCAAAGCCCCAUUUGGCUUCCCAUGUCUGUCUCAACAGCCUGACCUUCCUGUGAUCACAGCAUGGCAACCGGCACCCCCCCACCCCCCCCAACACACACACACACACAGCUUCUCUGGGAGCUUCUCUGGGAGCUUGGCCCUUGGGUGGCCCAGUUACACAAAGGCAGGAUACCAAGAGUGAAGGACCAUCUUCUAUGUCUGCAUAAGGAAGUUGGGGGCACGGAGUCUUUUCUCUCCCCGAUACUCCCCCAACCCCACUGUACCCCCGUAGUCAACACGUAGCUUUCCCCUGAUAAAUCACAGGUGAGCUUCCAGAACCUCGCAGGUGGGUGGCACAUCCCCCCGCACAGAGAGAAACGCGUCUGUUCUGUGCGUGGAUGGUCUGAAGACAGACACGCACGGGAUCCAUCGACUUUGAAAGAGCAAAGAGGUCGGCCCCAGUCUGGGAGAGGAAGAAGAUUACAGAUCUAUUCUGAGUAUUUUCUAGAUAUUUUAUAUUUAUAUUUUUAGUAGUUUUCCGGUAGAAGGAAACUGCAGAAUAAAAUGAUCGGCUUUGGU